AUGGAUUACAACAGAAUGAUAGGUAUGCCUUAUGGAUUCACUCCGUCAGGUUCUGAUAGAAAGAAUAUGAACGGAUUUUAUAAUUCAAGAAAUGGUUUAAAACAAGGUUUAGAAAUUCAUGGACCAAGACAAGAAGAAAUAAAAUUUGAUACAAGUGGUUUUGCAGAAACAAAUGGAGAUGAUUUUACACCAGACAUUGAAAUUUAA